UUUUUCUUGCGCCGCGAUAGCAACGUCUUCCACUCGCCAGUCGCCUCUCGAGCCAUUUUUCUCGUCUUUACUUGCUCAUUGCUCGAUCGAUUCCAUAUUUAUACUUAUAUUGAUAGGUUCCCCCAAAAAACAUUUCUACCUAGGCUAUAGUUCUCUUUUCUUUCUCUCCCGGUGGAGAGCUCCAAGGUUUUUCUUGAUCGAUUUUCUUCUGGAUGAGUGACGGAUCGGCGUAGGGAAUCCCUGCCGCGAGGGGGCUUUUCGCCGAUCGGGAGAGACACCAUGGCGGCCGAUGGCAAGGGGCUUGUUCUUGACGAGAACGUCGAUCUGGAGCGAAUUCCAGUGGAGGAGGUGUUCCAGCAGCUCAAAUGUACCGAGGUUGGUCUCACCAGCACCGAGGGAGAGAAUCGGCUCAAGAUCUUCGGCUACAACAAGCUCGAGGAGAAAAAGGAGAGCAAAUUCCUCAAGUUCUUGGGAUUUAUGUGGAAUCCUCUCUCUUGGGUCAUGGAGGCGGCUGCUAUCAUGGCGAUUGUUCUUGCGAAUGGAGACGGAGAGCCGCCGGACUGGGAAGACUUUGUGGGAAUAGUCAUCCUCCUCGUGAUAAAUUCCACCAUCUCUUUCAUUGAGGAGAACAAUGCGGGGAACGCCGCGGCCGCUCUAAUGGCGCGGCUAGCUCCAAAAACCAAGGUGUUGAGGGACGGCAAGUGGCAGGAGCAAGACGCUCAGAUCUUAGUUCCCGGUGAUAUCAUCAGCAUCAAGCUCGGUGAUAUCAUCCCAGCUGACGCGAGGCUGCUCCAUGGUGAUCCGCUGAAGAUUGACCAGUCGGCACUGACUGGAGAAUCGCUCCCAGUGACCAAGAAUCCAGGUGAUGAGGUCUUCUCUGGAUCGACGUGCAAGCAAGGAGAGAUUGAGGCGGUUGUGAUUGCCACGGGAGUCCAUACCUUCUUCGGGAAGGCCGCGCAUUUAGUUGACACCACUAACCAAGUUGGCCACUUUCAAAAGGUGCUCACUGCGAUUGGAAACUUUUGCAUCUGCUCCAUUGCCAUUGGAAUGGUGAUCGAGAUCAUCGUCAUGUAUCCAAUCCAGAGGAGGAAGUAUCGUGAUGGCAUCAACAAUUUGCUUGUGUUGCUCAUUGGCGGGAUUCCAAUUGCAAUGCCGACGGUUUUGUCUGUUACCAUGGCUAUUGGUUCUCACCGCCUGUCGACACAGGGAGCUAUUACAAAGCGCAUGACUGCUAUCGAAGAAAUGGCUGGAAUGGAUGUCCUGUGCAGUGAUAAGACGGGUACAUUGACACUGAACAAACUCACAGUCGACAAAAACCUUAUCGAGGUGUUUACGAAAGGAGUGGACAAGGAAAUGGUAGUGUUGUUGGCUGCGAGAGCGUCUCGAACUGAGAACCAGGAUGCAAUAGACACGGCCAUUGUUGGAAUGCUUGCGGAUCCUAAAGAGGCUCGGGCUAAUGUCACGGAAGUGCACUUUCUGCCUUUCAAUCCUGUGGACAAGAGGACAGCACUCACCUACAUUGACUCCGAUGGAAAGUGGCACAGAACAAGUAAAGGAGCUCCUGAGCAGAUUCUCGCCUUGGCUCACAAUAAGUCCGAAAUAGCAGACAAGGUUCACUCCAUCAUCGACAAGUUCGCUGAGCGAGGGCUUCGUUCUCUUGCCGUUGCCAUACAGGACGUACCCGAGAAGAACAAGGAAAGUCCGGGAGGACCAUGGAGGUUCUGUGGACUGAUGCCUCUCUUUGACCCUCCCCGUCACGACAGCGCUGAAACCAUUCGCCGGGCUUUGAAUCUUGGUGUAAACGUUAAAAUGAUCACAGGUGAUCAAUUGGCAAUUGCGAAGGAAACUGGUCGCCGUCUUGGGAUGGGGACAAACAUGUAUCCAUCUUCUUCGCUGCUUGGAAACCACAAAGAUGAGAAUCUUGCUGCGCUUCCGGUUGAGGAGCUGAUUGAAAAGGCUGAUGGUUUUGCUGGAGUAUUCCCAGAACACAAGUAUGAAAUUGUGAAGAAGCUGCAAGAAAAGAAGCAUAUCUGCGGUAUGACUGGCGAUGGUGUGAACGACGCUCCUGCGUUAAAGAAGGCAGACAUUGGUAUUGCUGUAGCAGAUGCUACUGACGCGGCAAGGAGUGCAUCUGAUAUUGUUCUAACUGAGCCCGGCCUUAGUGUGAUUAUCAGUGCUGUUCUUACCAGCCGUGCUAUCUUCCAGCGUAUGAAAAACUACACGAUUUAUGCCGUGUCGAUCACAAUCCGUAUAGUGCUCGGCUUUAUGCUACUUGCUCUCAUAUGGAAAUUCGACUUUGCUCCAUUCAUGGUUCUUAUCAUUGCCAUUCUGAAUGAUGGUACCAUCAUGACAAUCUCAAAAGAUCGUGUCAAACCUUCUCCGCUGCCUGAUAGUUGGAAGCUCCGGGAAAUCUUCACAACCGGCAUCGUUCUCGGGACCUACAUGGGAUUGAUGACAGUGUUAUUCUUCUGGAUGAUCUACAAGACCGACUUUUUUGAGAGCAAGUUCCACCUUAGAACCAUCAAAGACAGCAACAGGGAAUUGACUGCUGCGGUGUACCUGCAAGUCAGUAUCGUGAGUCAGGCACUAAUCUUUGUCACAAGGUCACGAAGCUUUUCAUACUUUGAGCGUCCGGGAUUCUUGUUGCUUUCGGCGUUUCUUGUCGCUCAGAUGGUGGCAACGCUCCUUGCUGUGUAUGCAAGGUGGAAUUUUGCUGGUAUCAAAGGAAUUGGCUGGGGAUGGGCUGGUGCUAUCUGGCUUUACAGUCUCGUAACUUACAUCCCUCUAGACUUCCUAAAGAUCUUCGUGCGUUACGUGCUAAGCGGCAAAGCAUGGCAGAACAUGAUCGAGAAUAAGACUGCUUUUACAACCCAAAAGGACUUUGGAAAGGAGGCCCGUGAGGCUCAAUGGGCUCACGCCCAGCGAACACUCCACGGGCUCCAUCCACCGGAAACAAAGAUGACUCAAGACAGGGGCAGCUACAAGGAGCUGUCCGAGAUCGCGGAGCAAGCCAAGAGGCGUGCCGAGAUCGCCAGGUUGAGGGAGCUUCUUACGCUCAAGGGUCACGUCGAAUCGGUGGUGAGGCUCAAGGGAUUGGACAUAGACACGAUCCAGCAGCACUACACCGUGUAAACGAAGAUUUUCGAGAACGUUGAAGAAAUUUGCCAAGCUAUCCGAGAGAACCAAAAAUUUCCUGGCCAGUACAAGAAGGGAGGUCAUAACUUUGAUGAGAUUAAGAGUGGCAUGACGCUUUUUGUUGUUCUUGAUGAUGCCGACUAACUAUUUGAGUUUAGGAAAACCUUUAGUCCUAGGGCUGACGUCCAUGAAAAAAAUUGGCAUAGGGUUAGGGUUAGUUUUGCCCUUUAUUGCUCCCUUCAGAAUUUUGGCAUGAUUUUCUUUACCAAUGGCAAUCAUAUUAUGGUCA